AUGGCUUACCAUGACCAGGAAGAUUCUCAUUCAAACAAGUGGUAUUUAGAUUUUAGUUGCAGUAAUCAUAUUUGUGGUAACAAAUCCUUAUUUUCUGAUUUAGAUGAGUCAUUUAAAGAUAAUCUCAAGCUAGGGAAUAAUUCAAGAAUGACUGCCAUGGGAAAAGGUACUAUUCAAUUGCAAGUCAAAGAUCAUUUUUUCCAAAUUCCUGGUGUUUUCCAUGUUCUAGAUUUAAAGAGAAAUCUUAUUAGCAUGGGACAGCUGCAAGAAAGAGUGCAAUCUGCAAUCGGGAUUCUCAUUACUCAAAAGAAGAAUACUUUGGAGAUGCUGGACAGAUUUCAAAUGAUGAAUUGCAAUCAAGUUGGCAUCUCAACUGAACCAGGAUUGAAGCUAACUAAGGAUCUUGAAGGGAAGAAGGUUGAUAACACCUUAUUUAAGCAAAUUGUUGGAAGUUUGAUGUACUUAACAGAAGCCAGGCCAAACAUUAUGUAUUCUGUUAGUCUCAUUAGUAGAUAUAUGGAAUGUCCAGCAGAGUAUCAUCUUCUUGCUACAAAAAGGGUGUUACGUUACUUAAAAGGCACAUUUGAUUUUGGAGUUUUUUAUAAGAAAAAAGUAGCUUUAGAUCUCAUUGGUUUCUGUGAUAGUGAUUAUGCAAGUGAUUUAGAUGGGAGAAGAAUCACUUCUAGCUAUGCUUUUAUGAUGAGUUCGGAAGCUGUAUCAUGGUCAUCAAAGAAACAGCAAGUUGUUACCUUGUCUACAACUAAAGCAGAGUUUGUUGCAGCAGCUUCUUGUGCAUGUCAAGCUGUUUGGUUAAAAAAAAUCAUUGAUAUGUUACACAAGAAAUAG